UCCCCCACAGCAACUGCACAACCCCCAUUCCUGCUGCUGUUCUUCUCGGGCCAAGGCUGAGACACCAUGGCCUCCCUCGGCGUCUCCGAGAUCCUCGGCACACGCCUCAGCACCGCCGCCCCACCUCGCUCCCCCCCUGCGCCACCUCCCUCCGGCUCUCCAAGGAUCGUUGCGCUUUUCUCCAAGAAGUCUUCACCCAAGUCGAAGCCAGCCGCCGUUUCUCCGGUCAACGACGAGCUCGCCAAGUGGUAUGGUCCUGAGAGAAGGAUUUUCCUGCCGGAAGGUCUGUUGGACCGGUCGGAGAUCCCAGAGUACCUCACCGGAGAAGUCCCUGGAGAUUAUGGCUACGAUCCUUUUGGGCUGAGCAAGAAGCCAGAAAACUUCGCCAAAUACCAAGCUUACGAGCUCAUCCAUGCGAGGUGGGCGAUGCUCGGCGCCGCUGGCUUCAUCAUCCCGGAGGCCUUCAACAAGUUCGGUGCAAACUGCGGCCCCGAGGCGGUCUGGUUCAAGACUGGGGCACUUCUCCUUGAUGGAAACACAUUGAAUUACUUCGGUAAGAACAUUCCCAUCAAUCUUGUUGUUGCCGUCGUCGCUGAGAUCGUGCUCGUUGGAGGAGCAGAGUACUACAGAAUCAUCAAUGGACUGGAUUUGGAGGACAAGCUCCACCCCGGAGGUCCAUUUGAUCCACUGGGGCUCGCGAACGACCCAGACCAGGCCGCGUUGCUCAAGGUGAAGGAGAUCAAGAACGGACGGCUCGCCAUGUUCGCCAUGCUCGGCUUCUUCCUGCAAGCCUACGUCACCGGAGAAGGACCGGUGGAGAACCUCGCAAAGCAUCUGAGUGACCCAUUUGGGAACAACUUGCUCACUGUCAUCUCCGGGGCUGCUGAAAGAGCUCCAACCCUGUGAUUUGCCAAAUGCUUUCCUGCAAUGAUUUCCAUGCCAUGUAGACCAAUGAGAUCAAUCAGGGCACUGUAAAAUGCAUUUGAGACUCUUAGUUACUCCUAUCUAUAUGAAAACUUCCAUGCCUAUUGUACCUCUUGUUCGUUUAAUGGAGGAUACCAAGUGCUGUAACUCCA